AGGGGUCGGCAAGCGUGCCGUUUCUUUUGGCGCUUUGCUGCCAGGCUACAAAGCUCAGCGACUACGGAAUUGUUGCAUGGAACCCGACCUCGAGCCUUCCCGUGGACCAAGUGAGGAAGCUGCUGCAGGACAGCAAGACGAAUACCAGUCAAAAAAUGUUUGCCUGUUGUGGUUUUCAGCUUGACUGGUCGGAUUUUCCCGCGGUUGAGAUCCGCAACGUAGGUGGCGAGAAUGUGGGCAAGCUGCAGACCAAGAGCACCAGCGGCGUAGCUGCGGGAGGCGCGAAUCGUCCAGGAGAAAUGAUUUUGGAACACGAUGUCGCCUUGAUGAUCAAUGAGACGCGAGUUACUAUGGUUGCAACGUGGAAGGGACGGCAUCCGGACGAAGCAGUCCUGC